AUGUUGAAACCUAAAGUGGGGCUCACGCUCUUGACGUCGCCACCCGUCAACUGCUUCAGAACCGUGGUCUUGCCAGCAUUGUCCAGCCCCCUGCGCGCAUGUGUGGAUGGUGCUCAUAUUGCGAUUGGGGUGCUCGAUGGAAUUUGCAUGCGAUCAUCGGCCUCCUUCUCUCGGAAUGAGGCUUACACGACGAGGAGGCGCAUCUCCCGCUCCUGCCGUUUGACUUUCCUGAUGAUGCUCAGGAGACCCAUUCUAUUAAACUUUGUGAUCGAACUCUACAUACUGCUAGUUUGGGUAUUAAAUGCAUUGACUUGUGACAAUGAGGGCAAGCGGAGGGCUGACUGCGACAUGACUGGGAAAUCUGGCAGAUUCUGGACCAUCAGAGGGUGGGGAUGA